CCCGUGUCGAUUCCUUUCUCCCUCCCCAAAACCCCCGAGCGCCUCCUCUUGCUAACCAUAAUACCUUGUAGAAUUCUUGCUCUUCUUGGUUCGAAUCCAUGGAAGCCCUGUCGAGUUUGAUUGUUCCUCCAAGGCUCGCCGAGAUCUCUCCUUCCCACCAGCCUCCGAUCCCUUCCCUGCUCAAAGCUCCUUCCUUUGGACGUGGUGGGUUCUUGAAAACCCGUGAGAAUUUCGAUUCCUUUAGGCUUUCGUCAUCGUCGGAAUCGAGCACCUGGAGAAGUUGGAGCAGGUUCAGAGCUCUCGCCCAUGACGUCUCCGGCAGCGGCGGGGCAGAGGAGGGGGCGCUUGGCAACGGGCCUGGCUUCAUUGCCGACGAAGGUUUGCCUCCGGAAAAGCUCAUUGAGGUGAAGGAGAAGUUAAAGCAAGCAAACACUGUGACUUGUAAUAAAUCAGGACUCAUUUUUUCCUCAAAUCAGAUGAAGAGUAAUCUGAGUCACAAUAAUAGCCAUGAAGCUGGCAUCGUUGACAAAUCAGAGAUGGCAUCACCUGUCGCUUGUGGAAGUGGAACAAGUGGAUCUAGAGCUGGGCUUUUUAGAACACCUAUUUCUGGUGGUGUGCAAAGUGCAACCUCUGCCCAUGAUUUACCUCCACCAGCCUUGGCUGUUCGUAAUCUGAUGGAGCAGGCUAGAUUUGCUCAUUUGUGCACUGUAAUGUCUCGGAUGCAUCAUCGUCGUGCAGGAUAUCCUUUUGGUUCUCUAGUUGACUUUGCAACAGAUUCAAUGGGCCAUCCAAUCUUUUCACUGUCACCAUUGGCCAUACACACACGGAAUCUGUUGGCAGAUCCAAGAUGCACUCUUGUUGUACAGAUACCUGGAUGGAGUGGUUUAUCAAAUGCACGUGUGACAAUAUUUGGUGAUGUUAUCCCUCUUCCAACUGACCAGCAGGAGUGGGCUCGCAAGCAAUAUAUUGCAAAACACCAACAAUGGGCAUCCCAGCAAUGGGGAAACUUUUACUAUUAUAGGAUGCAGAACAUAAGUGAUAUAUACUUCAUUGGAGGCUUUGGUACUGUUCAAUGGGUAGAUGUCAAGGAAUAUGAGGCCAUUCAACCCGACAAGAUUGCUGCUGAUGGUGGUGAACAAAAUCUUAAGGAACUGAAUGCAAUCUUCUCAAAACCACUUAAGAAACUUUUAUCUACAGAAGUAGAGAUAGAUGAUGCAGCUCUCAUAUCCAUAGACAGCAAAGGGACUGAUAUACGUGUUCGCCAAGGCGCACAGUUCAACAUUCAGAGGCUAUCAUUCGAAGUGGAGCAUGGAGUGGAGACUUUGGAGGAAGCUAAGAAAGCACUUCAAAAGAUAAUCAAGGGGGAUUGUAGGUCAACGUGACAUAACAUGAGAAGGUCCUUGGUUAGAAGAAUGAAAGUGGAUCGAAUAUACUCGCAGCGAUCACAAAGAACGUCCUGUCUCCAAGCUCAUAUUUGAGCAACGAAAGUGUAUAAAGUUUUGUUGAUUUAAAUAAGAUUGGGUUAACAACGAUGAGUUCAUACUUGAGUAUUUCCGUGGAUGUAGCAUGAGAUUAAUUGUAUUGAUGGGUGCAUUGAUGAA